AAAAAAAUAAACAAAAAAAAAAGAAGGGUGAGAGCAAAGAAGUUCUAAAAUCAAAAUGUCAAACGAAGCAAGGAGCAGUAAAAACCUUGGCCAUGUCGAAGACAGCGCUGAAGCUGCUGUUUUCCCUCCUCUCCGUCUCCUUGUUCUCUCUCCUUCUCUUUGUACCUCCAACUUCCAGGGCUUCUUCUUCACCUCGCAGUUUCUCCCGCGCCGCCGAUAUCGAAAAUCCAUUCCCUUCUCCGCCUAGGGUUGCCUACUUCAUCUCCGGCUCCGAAGGUGACGGACCUCGCAUCCUGAGGCUCCUCCACGCCGUCUAUCACCCAAGGAAUCAGUACCUCUUGCACCUCGAUCGCCGCGCUCCACAGCAGCAGCGAGAGACCCUAGCCGUCUCUGUUCAGUCUGUCCAAGCCUUUGUCGCCGCCGACAACGUAAAUGUUGUCGGUCAGGCGGAUUCCGUCUACCAUGGGGGCUCCACACCUAUUGCUUCUCUGCUACAUGGAGCUGCCAUCCUGCUCAGGUUUAGCAACCAGUGGGACUGGUUCGUCAACCUUGGAGCCUCGGAUUACCCCUUAAUUCCUCAGGACGAUUUUCUUCAUGUCUUGUCUUUUGUGCCCAAGGAUUUUAACUUCAUUCAGCAUACUAGUAACAUUGGUUGGAAAGAGUACCAAAGGAUAAUUCCGAUUGUUGUUGAUCCAGGCCUUUAUCUUGCAUCAAAAGGUGAAACAUUUGUGGGCAAUAAAAAGCGUAUACUUCCGACAGCAUAUAGAUUUUUCACAGGCUCUCCAUAUGUAAUCCUGAGUCGGAAGUUAGUUGAGUUUUCCAUCAGGGGAUGGGACAAUCUUCCAAGGACACUUCUCAUGUACUUCUCCAAUACAGAAUCUUCACAUCGAGGCUACUUCCAGACUCUUGCUUGCAACUCCAGAGAAUUUUAUAAAACUGUGGUCAAUUCUGACUUGCAUUUUAUUGCCUGGGACAACCCCCCUAGGAAAGAGCCACGGAAUCUCUGGAUGUCUGAUUUGAACAAAAUGUUGGGGAGUGGAGUUCCUUUUGCUGGAAGUUUCCAUCCAAACGAUCCAGUUUUGGACAGGAUUGAUUCAUUUGUCUUGCACAGGGGACGGGGAAGGACUGCACCAGGUGGAUGGUGUAUUGGUAGGCAUGAGAGAAGCAGAGAUCCUUGCCAGCUCUGGGGCGAUGUGAAUAUACUAAGACCUGGUCCAGCUGCCAAGAGAUUUGAAAAGCUACUGCUGAGGUUGAUGGCAAACACAACCUUUUGGUCAAAUCUAUGUGUCCAAAGAUGGAGGAUAACUGGAUAACUACCA